UUAAUUACUUUAUUGAAUAUAUAUAUCUGAAGGGUUCUAUGAAUCUGAUCGCUCAGCGCUUGCAGAUAGGCAACCGGAACUGUAUUUUAAAUAUGUUGGGAUGCAGAUGCGAUUUCGGUUGCCUAUUUGCUGGCGCUGAGUGGCAAGGUUCAAGUAUCCAUCCAUACAGGUAGUUAUAUAGAUGAGACUAGAUAGAGAUAAAAUUUGGAUAUAACUAGAUAUACUCAUUUCUUCCCGGGAAUUGCUGCUGGCUAUCGAACAAACGUGUCCGAACAUCGUGCACGAGCGAUAAACAAGUUCGGGGUAGUCAUAGAAACGCGGGGUAAUCAAAAGCGGUAGAAAUCGAGUAAACGCGGAAAUCUUGGCGCAGUUUAGCGCAGAAAACGACGGUGUUGAAAUAAUGGGAAAAGAAGAGGUGGACCUCGUGACUGUGGUCAAACCCGAGGAGAAGAGAUCGCUGUUACAGAAGUAUGACAUCCCGGUAGAGCAUCUAUCUUACGAGUACGUAACCGGCUGCUCAAACGUCAAGGAGCUCGAACGAAUUGUUUUGAUCCUGAGAUCUGGCGAGGAGGGAAUAUUUCCGGACUUAAUAAACCGCGCCGAAGAAUGUCUGGCUAAGAUCAGCCCCAAAAGCCGCGUGCUUCGGGUCGAAGAACCGGUCGUAACUCGGGCGAUGUUGGAUCCCGAGGACCGCAGACUGAUCGACGACGACAUGGCGAGAUGGAUGAGCGAGAUGCAGGGCAGAGAAAAGGACCUUGAUGAGGGAAAAGCGUUUACGGCGACACCGCUGCUCCCACAGCCGGAAAUCCGGCAGGUGCCGGAAACGGGAUCAGCGAAAAGAAACUCGCAGAGCGGAGCGAAACGGGGUAAACCGAAGUCGAUUGCCUCUUGCGAUUACGCAGGGUGGGACAAAUUCGACGCCGAUGCCGAAAUUGACCGCAUCGACUUACAGGAUGAAAGGAUGCAGGUAGAGGCAAAAAACGCGCAACAGAGACAGAGGGAAAAACAUGAGGAGGCCAAGAAAUUUUCAAAGGAAUCGAUAGUGAAUAAAUUAUCGUUGACGGCGACGGAACUGGGCGUGCUGGCUGAGCACGAGAAGAAUAUGGGAAACGAGGCAUACAGGGUUGGCGAUUACGAGGAGGCUUUGAUACGUUACAAUUCUAGCAUCACCAUCAACCCGAGUGUGAACGCGUACAACAACCGGGCAAUAACAAAUAUCAAGCUGGGUCGAUAUCAGGAGGCUGUUAACGAUUGCAACAUCGUGUCGAGCAUGGAGUACCACAACGUAACGGCUUUGAUGAGGCGAGCACUGGCUCUGGAACAUCUGGAAAAAAAUUCACAGGCGCUCAUGGAUUAUCAGACGAUCUUACAACUCGAACCAAACAACAAACUAGCCAUAGCAGCUGUUAACAGAUUGAGGAAACCAUCCGAUUCCAAGAAAGUAAGAAUGAAAAUCGAAGAAGAAAUUAUUCCGGCAGUCAUUUCUGAGACGGAAGCAGUUAAAACAGACGAAUUGAAUAACGUCAUUAAGGAGCGAUCGACGGUAAAAGACGCUGACGAUUUAGCCCAAGAAAAAAAGGAUUCCUAUCCGAGUUCGAACGCCGUACAGUCUGAGAUUUGUUUCUGCGACAGAGCACCGGGUUUUUCGCAGAGUCCAAAACCGCCCCCGCACUACAAAAGCAGCUAUUGUUUGCCGCCGCCUCGCAGAACGCCGGCUUCGCGGCCAAUGGCCGCUAGAUCCGUUUGGGAAAAUCGGAAGGUUGAUUUUUCCGGGGUAAAAACGGGCUGUGCAGAUGCAGAAUCGUCGAAGUUGAUGAUCGAGGAAGUGUCCGGUCAUAACGAGUACGAAUCGACGUACAGCCGGCCACCAGCGAUCUCUAAGCUGACUAAGAAGGAAAGUAAGGAAAGUAAGGAAAACGGUGAAAAAACAGUGACGAAAGAUGGGGAUGAAAAAGUGAAGAAGUUACAAACGCAGAAGAACAGAGAUAAGCUCACAGAUAAAAAACUACAGGAAAUCCAAAAACCGAGGGUAAAAAUUCUGUCCCCUGACACCAUGACUCACAAGAAAGUCGAGGUUGCUAGUAAAUACGAGAAACCCAUUUCCAAGGAGCAGAAAGUUGCGAUGAAGGACCUCGACUCGAUCGAAUCGCCGUACGAAUUUCUCCGUGUAUGGCAAUCGCUGAAAACCGAUGUUGACUUGUCGCUCCACGCGAAACUUUUGCGAUCCUUAGCGCCGGAGGACUUUAAUGCCGUCAUCGGAAAUAAACUAGACGGAGGUAUGUUCACCAUUUUGUUGCGAUGCCUUGAGAGACAUUUCUGCAAGGAUCGUAAGGACGUUCUCUUGGUUUGCCGGUAUCUAAACGCCUUAACUAAGCUGAGCCGGUUUUCCAUUGUACAAUCCUUCAUGGACUCGGUCGACAAAAAAGUUCUCCUCAAGAUGUUCGACUUCGUCGAGGAACAUAACUCGCCUUCGGCUGCCGCAGAAUUGCGUCACGCCUAUAACGUAUGAAUUGCCCAAGUAUAUAAAUACAAAUAGGUAGGUGUGCCCACGUGUAGAUCGUGUAGUACUUUCGAGCCAACUCGUCGACGUUCCAACCCUGACCAUCUUGGGUCUGAUCCCCGAUUUUUUAAUUUAUUUUUGUCAUUAUUCCAACUCUGAAGGCGCUCGCAUUUCCUUUUAGUUU